GGUCCUCUUUAAAAUCACCCAUAAUAAGAGUUGGUGAUUCAGAAUAUAGGAAGUGAGGAAGCCAAGCUGCAAAGUGAUCCAGAAAUUGGCGGGGGGAGCCUGGGGGACGAUAGAUAACUGCAACUCUCAGGGAGAACGGAUGGAAGAAUCUAAUGGUGUGAACCUCAAGAGGGGAAUGUGAGAGAGGGUACAGGGGGAAUGACCUUAAAUGUGCACUGUGCAGAAAGUAGUAUGCCUACUCCUCCACACUGUCUGUCAUUAGGUCUGGGGGUGUGGGAGAAGUAAAGGCCACCAUAGGAUAGGGCAGCAGGGGAAGCAGUGUCAGAGGGUUGAAGCCAGGUUUCUGUAAGGGCUAGCAAGUUCAAAGAGCAUGAGAGGAAGAAAUCGUGGAUUGUGGGUAGUUUAUUACGGACCGACCGUGCGUUCCAGGGUGCGCAGUUAAAAGAGACUGAAGAGGAUGUGCAGUGAACAUUAAUCAGAUUUUUGGUAUUUGUGUGUGGCAGAGGAGAAGUUAUCAAGAGAGGGAGGGCCAGUAUUCUGACUCAGAUUGUUGUAAUAGCGAUUUAUCCCUAGUGAGACCUCUAUGUCUGGCCUAUAUAAGCAGAUAUAAUCACUGCGGACAAUCCUUAUCAUAUAGCUUGAACUCACCAACACCAGCUUAUCCGUGUAAGUUUUUUAUUUUGUAAGCCAGAUAACAGCAGAACAGAUGGAUUCUGGUAUUGUGCGGUCAAAAGAUGAUGCUUUUGUAAGCUUACAUGAGAAUACAUGUAUAUCUGUUCAAUGCCUGGAGCAGUAUGGAGAAACAGGAAGUGAGAUACACAGAAGGGGUGGAGCAAUGAAAUGAAUGACAUAUCACGAACAGAAAAACAUGUGCAUUACCAAAAACGACCACUAGAUUGGAGCAUAUAACCAAAUAUAGAAUAUCAUAUAAAUUAAACUAUAUCGAUUUUAACUGCGUAGCAGCACAGCCAGGAUUUCGUAAAAUAUGCCCAUCAGCUAGUAGCAGGAGAACAGAAAGAGACAGCAAGUGGUUGAAAGAUUUAUAUUGGCGUUUUUUAUGCUGCACCGUAGAGGAAGAUGGGUCAAUGUAAUGUAUGAGGGUAUAAAGUAUAUGGGAACUGAACAAGGGUGAGGGAAGGAGGGAGGGAAUGAUGUGGAGAGAAGAGACACAUGCUGGAAGGUGUGGUUAAAUAUGAAAGUAGACAGCCAUAGUGAUGAGAAGAACAGCCAGCGCCUGAGUGAGACAAUAUCAUUGAAGAUGGAGGGAAGGCAGCAAAGUGUGAAAAGAUUGAAGUGGGUGAUGAAUUAGUAAAUAUUAACGGAACACCUUUACAUGGUUCCCGACAAGAAGCUCUGAUCUUGAUCAAGGGUUCAUACAAGAUUCUCAAAAUGAUCGUUAGGAGGAGGGGUGUUUUACUCAUCAGGCCCCAUUCAUGGCAUGUGGCCAAGCUUUCCGAGGUCCACCCAGAUGUUGCGAGUAUGCAGUGCCCAUCAAAUGCUUUCAGUUUGUCCUGGCACUCUGGCAGUGAAAUUUGUGCUGUUGGUUUUUGUUACAGCGAACAUCCUCUACAGUGGAAUAUUCUUUCACGACACUGUAGCACAGACAAAAGCAGUUCGAUAGGCAGCAUGGAAAGUCUUGAUCAGCCUGGCCAGAAUUAUUAUGAAGGAACACGUUCUCCACUAGACCCAGUCAUGUAUCAAAACAAAAGGGAUUCCGCCUAUAGCUCCUUCUCUACAAGCUCUAACAUCUCUGAUUAUACAUUAUCAGCAACCGUGGAUGAGUCAUCUCCUGCCAACUGCUCUCUUGGCUCAAAUAAACAAGAAGAUGGUCGAUACCUCCAAACAGGACAAGGUGCUGUAGACUCACAGGUGGAUGUUUCUGGGCAAUCAUUAAAUGGACAUUUUCAAAAAAUAUCUUUAUAUCCCUGUGAUGCACAUAAUUUGGACAACGUAAAUUCUCCACCUCAACCACCUAUACGCAGGGAUAGCUUGAGAGAAAACAAAAAUCAAUUUUGCAAUCAUGAUAGAAGGGCUUCAGCUCCUAGUGACUCAUUUGAUAAGCCUGGAAUUUGGCCCUCAGAAGCUGGCCAGUUUAGCAGUUCUGAAAAAGAUUUUUGUCACUGCACAAAUAGACCUUGUACUGUACAUAUUAAGGAGAACUUGUCAUCUGACCAGUAUUAUAUGUUGAGCUCAAAGAAUGAUAAAAUCUAUCAAAUCAACACAUUUGCAAAGGAUGAUGAGAGGCAGCCUAACCAUUGCAAUGAACAAAAAGACUGCCACUAUCCUAAAGAUAAAUGCAAAGAAAAUGAGAAAAGAUAUAAGUGUUGUGCUAACAAUGAUUCUGAAAUUUCACAACAUCCGAGUACAGAGCAACCCUCAGAUAUGGGUGGUGCACAUUUGUUUUCCUCUUCAGACAUAUCAGCUAGAGUGGCAAAUGAGGCAAUGGAUGCUCCUAGUUCACAGUUCUCAGUUAAUAUGUCAACACAAGAUGCAUCUGCACAGGAAGAAAAAGUGGGACCAAAUAAAAAACCUGGUUCAUCUCGACAUCGUUCAGCACAAAUGCGAAGAAAAAGUGACCGCUUUGCUACAAACUUACGAAAUGAAAUACAGAGACGAAAAGCUCAACUUCAGAAGAGUAAAGAUUCUAUAGUUCCUUUAUCUGGUGAAGAGUCUGUUGAGGAGAAUGAUAAUGCAUUUGAAAUUCAUUCGGAGUUGAUUCCCCACCAUCCUCCUCCCCCACCACCACCUAAAAACAAAGCACUUAUUUUAGAAAUUAAAAGAAUUAAUGCUGAAAAGUGUAGUGAUGCUAACAGUAGCCAGAAAAAACUAGAGAGUGAAUUGAUAGAUAAUAAUAAUGAAACUACCAAUCCGAUUAGUACAGAAAGCAUACUAUCAAUAAAAGAACACUCAAGAUUGCUAGUGCCUUCUCUAAACAAAACCUACAACGAGUGGUGGAAGUCAAAUGCUUUAGAUACACAUCCCCAAGAAUCUCUCUUUAAAAGAAAAAGUGAAAUCGAUCAUCAAAACCCAGAACAGGAUUUUUCUUACUCAACAAGAGACUUUCAACAGGCUACAUACAUGGCACCUAAACCUGAAAGCUUCCUGAAUGAAUGGGCACCAUUUUCAACCAGUAAGUCCAGUAGUCCAAACAUGUGGAAAACUGAAGAUGAAAUCAGCAUAGGUACCCUGAAAAUACCAGUAGAGUGCAGAGAUUCCUCAGGUAUAGAACAAAAACAGAUCGCAGAAGUUUGCAGUGCUGAUACUUUAAAAAACUCAUGUGACAAUCAACCUCCAGCUGAAACUCUUGAUAAACAUAACUAUGUGGACAUGACCUGCCGUAUAAAUAAUCCGCGAAAAAUUAGUUACCACACAAAUUUAGGGCAAGAGAAAAAGAUUCUUGAAGUAAAAAAAACUGAUGAGUUUUCUUCUGCAGCCCACCUGGCAUCUCAGCAGCAGUUUUCAGAAGUUAACAACCAUGUCUCUCAAUAUAAUCAAAAUAGUGGUGCCAAAUGCACAUGGUCUCCUGAUCACAAACUUCAGACUCCUCCUUCUAUAGGACAAAAUUUUGGACAGAAGCUAAAUGGAAUAAAUGUGGAAGAAAUUGUUUCUCCGAUAUCAAGAAUAAGUACUGAAAAUAUCUUAAUGCCAUUUGCAGAUCGAAGGAAGUUUUUUGAAGAUGUAAGCAAAAGACCGUCCACUGUGAAUGAUAAACAAAACAAAAACUUUCGUCCUAUUAUACCAGAUAAUCUUCCUCCUCAGACGAUGGCUUCAGAUCUUAGGAGGCAUUCUGCAGACCAUACAUAUUAUACUGCCUCCCCUAAAAGAAAAGACAGUGGUUUACCUCAUUAUGAUUAUUGUAUGGAUCAUAGAGUAGACCCUCCGAUGUGUUGCAGUCAAGGAAAACACUGUACUCCUUAUCUAUCCUCUUUGACGUAUGGCUACAGAGCAUGUGCAUUUUGUGCAAAUGAAUUGUGCCCUGCCUUACUUAAAAGAAACACACCUGUGACCCAUCACAUUUGUCAUUGUCAACAUCUUUACCAACACCACCAUCAUCCAUGGACAAAAUGUUCAGAUUACAUGUGUCCUACUCAGUAUAAUUUAUUGGAGGACAGUGGCCCUCUUCAUGUUGACCAAUGGCAUAUGAGGAGACCCACGUUACAGGAUACAUCGAUGAAGGAGUGGAGCGAGCAGCAGAAAAUCAACAGGAAAUGCAGCCAGUCCGUGAGUGACUUAUGCUGUUUCCCAUAUGGAAUUCAACAUCCUGGUUUAUUAAACCCAUGCUGCGAGCAGGACAACCAUGAAAGGUCUCAAAGUUACAAGACAACAUCUUCAUAUGAUCUUUCCUGUGAAAAACCACUAAGGCCGGGAGACUUUGCAUCAUUUCAGGAUGGACAUCCAAAGCCAUCCUUACCACAGCUAUCCUUUUCACGAAAUAGAGCAUACUCUGUAAGUCAUCUUAACUUGGAAUAUCUCGCUUUACAAGACAGGAUAGAGUCUCCUACUACCAUACUAGAAGAAAGAGCGCCAUUAGCCAGAUCAAAAAAGCAAGGGCCUCCUCGCCCUCCACCUCCUAAAUGGGAAAAGUACAAAGAGCACCAGGCUUCUAAGGAAGCUGCUAAAUCUGGAUUAUACAAAGAAAGAUCUGUGUCAGAACCUAACAGAGAUAUUGAGGAUGCUAGACAACAUUCCCAAAGUCUCGUUGUGGAUAGGACAUCUUUAAAUGUGGAAUGCAAUUUGUUCCCGCCUAUAAAUGGGAUUAAUCAUAUUAAAGAACCAUCUGAGAUGAGAUGUGCUUCUCAGGGACCUCAGAAGUAUUCCCCUGCUCCUUCUCCAAGCCACAUUGCUUCAAGUAAUACAUCUGAAUGUAAAGAAUCUGAUGGAGAUGACACAAUUGAUCAGUUAUUCUGCUCAGAGUCUAUCACAAUGGAACCAUUGUCUACAGUUGUCCAUGAAGCACGCCUCUCUCCUGCUUUGGAAGACCUAUUUGAAGGUGGUUUUAGACGUUCGGAAGAUGAUUGGUCAACAGAUAGAGAAUCUGAGAUUUCUAUUCCAGAAAGGUAUGAUGAAUUCCAGCCAAUCUCUCCUACACCUUUUUGUGGAACUGAUAGUCCUACUACCUGUGCUACUUACUAUAAUACAUCCACAGCCAAGGCUGAUCUGCUCAACAGAAUGAAAGAAGUGAGUGGAGCCCAAGGGAAAGACGUAAAUGUGACAGAUGCAGAGUAUGAAGAGGUGCAGCUAAUAGAAAGCAUUAGCAGAAAGCUUUCUGUCCUCCACAAAGCCCAGCAAGAACUUCAAGAGGACAUUAGUGCCAAUGCAACUCUUGGCUGUGAGUUGGAGAAUCUGCUAAAAAGUGUUUGCAAGCCCAAUGAGUAUGAUAAGUUUCGAAUCUUCAUUGGGGACCUGGACAAGGUGGUCAGCUUAUUGUUGUCCCUAUCUGGACGUCUCAGUAGGGUUGAGAGUGCCUUGAACUGUAAAGACCCAAAGCCUUCCAUGGAAGAAAAGCUGAAUCUCUUGGACAAAAGAAAACAACUGAUUGACCAAUUAGAGGAUGCUACAGAACUCAAAGCACAUGUCAGGCGGAGAGAACAAAUUGUUCUAGAGACGGUAUCGAAGUACCUAAAUGAUGAACAGCUUCAAGACUAUCACCAUUAUGUCAAGAUGACUUCUGCACUCAUUGUGGAACAGCGAGAGCUGGAAGACAAAAUCCGACUGGGAGAAGAACAACUUGCAUGUCUACGAGAAAGUCUGCAAAGUAAUUGGCAGUCAAAUGAAGUUGCAUAAGAGAUGUCAUAUUUUAAAUUCUUCUAUAUCUAUGUUUAAUUCUUAUCAGAGAUAAUUUUAUUGAACAAGACUUCAAUUUGUAUACGUUAAGAUUCCAAAUGAUAAUUGUUUUUUUUACUAUUAGCAAACCAAAGAAAUAGAUGAUGACUGAAUGGGUUCCUGUGACUAGAUUUUAAGAAACAUCCAUGCAAGUUUAAAGAGGACCUUUCGUGCGAUUCUAUUAAGGGAGAUAUACACCUGUACUGGCGGGGUACCCCCCGCUGAUACUGCCUCCCUGCUUGAUUUUUUUAAAUAUGCCUCCUAUGCCCUGCCGGCUUUCUCCUGCUCAGUAUGGGAAUACUGAGCAUCGGAGCAAUGAGGAGGAGACGGAGUCUUUCUCAGUGGGCAUCUCCUUCUCUCCUGGCUGUAGCGCUGUCCAAUGGCAGCACAGGGUGGUUUUUUCUCCCUGGCUGUGACGCUCUGCGCUGCGACUGUACAGCGCUACAGCCAGGGGAGAUGGAGACGCCCACGGAGAAAGACUCGUUGCUCCGAUGCUCAGUAUUAGCAUACUGAGUGGGAGAAAUGCAGAGGGGCAUAGGAGGCAUAUCAAGCAGGAUGGCAGCAUCAGCGGGGGGUACCCCGCAAGUACAGGUGUAUAUCUCCCUUAAUAAAAACGCACGAAAGGUCCUCUUUAACCAGCGGAUUUGGGGUGUUUUUCAAACAUGCCAUUUUCUUUGCUAUUUGGCAGACACACGCUUAUAACUGGAAGAUGUUGAUUAAAACCUCAGUUCCCAUAUUUAGCAUCUUCACUCAUAUACCGUAUAUUUAUUUAACAUAUUAUAUACAUUUACAGUUGAUUAAACUCGUAAAUUAGAA